UGGGAAAAAUCUAUGAUAGCCAAGGGUCAUCAAUGGUUUGCAAAACUACACAACUAUGUACAUCUGAUGGUGUUUCCGAAAGCGAACAACUCGGAUGGAUCGUUUUUUGGAAACGUACAGUACAUUCAUACAGACUCCAUAAUAGCGUCAUUAGGUUACCCCUUUAAAACAAUAUUGGAUAGAGAUAUACAAUGGAUUGUAAAUUUUGAGCCACGUCAGUUUGCUAAACUAGUUUUCACUAACCUAACAUUAUCUGAGCAGUGUGCACUUAUUGUUAAAACAUCACAAGAAAGCAACAGCAGAUUCGCCAUAGAUGAGCUUUUUAACGAAGAAGUAUUUGUAAUAGAAACAAACAAAAAUCUGUUGUUUUUAUCAACUAUUUCCAAAUCGAUAUUGUCACCUACAAUCAAAUUCCGGGCAAUUGUUACCGCUGAAGAAACUCCAGCCUGCUUUGAACUCGAUUUACUUGAACAUUCGAAAAGACAUUUCAAAAGAAGAAAGGAACUUUGCAAAGAACCAGUUAUGUUCCUUACAUCCCUGUCGUAUUUAAAUCUUAAUCAAAAUUUCGAAGAAAUGUUUACAAUUAAAGCCGGGGAACAUCAAAGCAUUGAACUUACCUUCAUUGAUUUUAACACACCGUGUUAUUACGAUCACGAUGCAGAGAAAGCAAUUUUUAGAACAGGAUUUGCUAUCAAGGAUGCUGAUGGAGAGCAUGAGUUUUGUUCAACAUUUCCACCGCCAGAAACAUACAAAUCAAAAAGUUCAGAGAUUUAUAUACAUUUUCGAGUUUUGCAUGGAGUACGACUUGAUGCUGGAGCAGUCAAGGGGCAAGAUGAAGGAUUUCGGAUACAGUAUAGAAUAUCAGACCAUUCUCUUCAAAGGUACACAGAUGACGAAGAAGAAUAUGGAUCAUCAGGCGUGUAUGCCUGUUCAGGGCAUUUCCGAAAGUGCUAUACAGUACUUUCUAAAGAGGUUUCAUGGGACAUAGCUAACACUGAAUGCAUUAAGCGCAAUGAACAUCUUGUGACUGUUACAUCACGCAACGAAAUGAAUUACGUCCAAUACUUACUUCGAAGUAGGUUACUAGUAUAUCAGCAAAAUAGGACGGAAGAGAACGAAGCUGCUGAUAAACAGAAAUUUCUUAGAGCACAUAUUGGUUUGAAAAGGGUUAAGGACAAACAAAGAAGGACGGAUUUCAUCUGGAUUACCAACUUCAACGUUACUUUCAGUGCUUGGAAAUACGGACAACCUUCAACCGGGGAUUGUACUUUGACUUCAUUCGAGAAUUUUAACGACAGGGAACUUUGGGAGACUCAAAAUUGUUUUAAUAAUAUAGCAGAUUUUUACAUCUGUGAGAAGCCAUUUUCACCGGACAGGGAGAACCCAAAGCAUAAAUUCAAGGAAGAUGUGUGUAAUGGUGUAUACAUGAAGAAAGACCUAAUUGCGUCCCCACACUCUGGUAAAUCUUGUCAAAAUUGGCGAAUGCUAUCUGCCAAAGCUAAAAGUGAUUUUAACACCAAGUUUUAUUCUUCACGAUACCAUUUACAUGAUUCGAACAUGUGUAAGGAUACGUACGCGCAGGAUAUUAUUUGGUGCUAUGUCAUUGAUGCUGGCGAAUACAGAAGGGAACCGUGUUUUUUGCACCGUAAGUUUACUUGUAAUUGGAAAUAAGUCUGAAAAAUUUAUUAUAAAAAAAUCGUGGACUUUGAGAUAGAAUUGUGCGUGUGUGUGAUGACUUCAAUUGAAAAGUAG